CUCAGAGAGUGUGCGAGUGAGAUAGUGAGGUGUGCAAAGGAAGCCAAACGUAAACAUUUUUUGAAGCGCGCGCUCUCAGAAAUGUGUGAAGAGUCGUGGCGAACGGACGUGCGCUGCGACCGUGGACCGCAUCGAGCAAACUAUAUUAUUAUCCACCUGCUACAUACACUCUCACACACAGACGGACACGUCGAACGUUAAGCAAGCGCGCGCAAAACUGGAAUGAAAAGCAAUCAAAACGAAAUGAAAAACGCGCAACAAAAGUUCCACGAUAAAUGGCGUUAAGAAAUGCAAACAAAAAAAUUAUUUUAAUUAAAGCAACAACAAAUUAAAGUUAAGUGAAAAAUCAAUGCGCUACCAAAAGUUGAAUAACGAAAACUGACGACGCACAGAUACACACACGCACACACAGUAACAGUAAACGAAACUGGCUGCAGCCACGCACACGUGUGCUUACACACACUCAAACACACAGACACAGCAGUGCACACAUACACGCACAGGCAGACGAGGCGAAAGCCUAACAAAGUGAAAGUAACGAAAUUAGCAACACAAUGGGAAAACAAGCGCAUAAAAAAUGCACACGAGCGGGUUAAGUGCAUAGAAAGGAAAAGAAAGCGUAAAGCGAGUGACAGAAACGGUGAAAGUGUAAUCAAUUUAAUGUCGCAUACUUUGGGGCUGAAAUCUAGCCGCCUGCUUUAGGCACCAAGAAACAAUUUACGCCCACUGUAAUAGUGACCGUUGCAGUUCGCGUUACUGAGAGUCUAAAUGAGAUAAGGAAAAACUGCCUUUUAAAAGCAAAGAUAUGCAAAAGUACAACACAUAGAAAUGUAGUUCCCGUUACUUAGAGUUUUACCCAUUGCAUGCAUAUCAAAAAAAAGAGCUGCCUUUAAAAGGCAACAACAGCACUCUGAAGAAGCAGUGCAACAACAGCAACAACAACAGGCGGUAACAGCAGCCGCAUAGCAUAGAAACGUGUGCAAGAUAAACACGCAAAACAAAGCGAACUGGGUCAGUGUGCGAAAGACGCGCGGGGGUAGCGGCGGGCGCAAGAUUAAAUGGCGGCGCUUGCAUGCGCAUGCAAAAUUGUGCUGCAUAUUUAAUGAACAAAGACGCAGCAGCAGAAACCGAAGCGGAACAAGGGCUGACGGCGCCCCACGGGCCAUUCUCCAAACAUUACAACAAUGGGCUGCAAACGUAGAAAUUUUGGCCAUGUCAACAGCAGCAGCAGAAGCAGCAACAGCUGCUGGCAAAUUAAGCGCCAGCAACGGACAUCAGAAACUUAAGCAACAGAAUGUGGCAAGCACUUGGCGCAGUAGCAACAAAUCUAAUUACACGCACAGCGAUCUAGCUGCCUGGCGGAUGAUGAGGAUGAGCUUCCGUUUUGGCCAGCCGAAUAUUAGCAACGUUUUUCUGACCCAUUUAAUAUGAGAGUGCAUAAAAAUUCAGCUUGAAGAGUUCAAGCAGCAAGGCGAGCGUGCCACAACAACAAGAGCGAGUGCAACUGCUGCAGCUGCUGAGAAUUUAAUUAAGCGCACAAAGAGUCGACAAAAAGGCGGCAGAUUCAUAGCAUAGUCGGGGGCGUGGUAGCGGCCAUAAAUCAGCCGUUGCACGUUGCCUUCAAUUGGAGUUCAGUUCUUAAACCGAAAAACCCAGGCAAGGCAACGACCCCAAGCAGCAAGCAGCAGGCAGCAGGGCCUCUCUAACGGGGGAGGGCGCCCCCCUCUCGCGUACGUGCGGCCAGCGCUGGCCAAUUAGUCGCCGCCUCCAACAGCCAGCGGCAAUAAUUUUGGCUCCAUUGAACGUCAGCCUGAUGCCACACUGAUGACUGCCGCCAAGAGACGUGCAACAACCGGCAGCAGCAGCAGCAGCGAGCAGCAGCCAUUGCAGCAGCAGCAUCAUCAACUGCAUCAUCACCAGCACCAACAGCAGCACCACCAACAGCAGCAGCAGCAGCAGCAGCAGCAUCGGCAUCAGGAUGCGGAUCAGCAGGCGCACGAGUACCAGCAGCUGCUGCAACAUCAACAUCAUCCCCAUGGCCAGCACCACCACCCACAGCAAUACCACCAGAGACAGCAGCAGCACUCGCCCCAACAGCAUCAGCACCAGCAGCAGGCAUCCGCAGCAGCAUCAGCCACGGCGACACUGCGCGAUUGUUCUGUCAAAUUGCCGCUGGACAUCCUCUGGCUGCCCAAGUCGGCCAUGCGCCCGGUUAGCGCUGAUGCCUCGCACACGGAUUGCAUCCUGGUUGUUGGCGUCUCCCGUCCAAAGCUGGCCGUUGUCUUUCUAACGGUCAUGCUGAUCUCGCUGUUCCUCACCUUUCACGUGCUCUACGAUAGCGCCGUGUACAAUAUACAGGCGGCGCAGGCGGUGCACGAAAGACAUCGCCUCUCGCUGGCCGCGUCCGCCUCGGCAGCUGCCGCAGCUCCCGCCGCAGCUCGCACAGCGUCAAAUGGCAAUCAUUUGCCCGUGUUUGUGAAACCCGUGGCCAGCUCGAAUCAGCUGAGUCAUCCAAUGGUUUUUCCCUCCAGCCGUGUGCACUUCCCCAAAACCAGUCGACGCCUGCCCCAGGCACUGAUAAUUGGCGUACGCAAGUGCGGCACGAGGGCCCUGCUCGAGAUGCUCUAUCUGCAUCCCCGCAUCCAGAAGGCGGGCGGCGAGGUGCACUUCUUUGACCGGGAUGAGAAUUAUCUGAGGGGCCUGGACUGGUAUCGUAAGAAGAUGCCCCACUCGUUUCGAGGCCAAAUUACCAUCGAGAAGAGUCCCAGCUACUUUGUCUCGCCCGAGGUGCCGGAACGUGUGCGUGCCAUGAAUGCGAGCAUCAAAUUGCUGCUGAUUGUGCGUGAGCCCGUGACCAGAGCCAUUUCGGACUACACACAGCUGCGCAGCCAUGCGGCGACGGCGAUAUUGCCGCUGGCGGAGAGCAGUGCGCCCGGUUCCGGCUAUGGCGCCAAGAUGUCAACAGCGCCAACGUCUGCCCUCUAUGCCAAGCUGCAGGCGGCCCACGGCUAUGACAAUGCGCUGGGCAGCGGUGCGGGCGCCAAGGAGACAGCUAUAAGUGGCAGAACGGGCGCAGCUGCAGCUGUGAGGCGUCGGGGAGCAACAACAACAACAACCACUAGCAUGCCCCCAACCACGCCCAGCGCCGCCCAAUUGGCAGCCAAAUCCUUUGAGGAGCUGGCCAUAUUUCCCAAUGGCACCGUUAACGAGGCAUAUCGCCCAUUGAGCAUAUCCAUGUACCAUGUGCACUUGCAUCGUUGGCUGGAGGUGUUUCCGCGCGAGCAGCUGCUGGUGGUCAACGGCGAUCGGCUGAUCGAGGACCCACUCUCCCAGCUCAAGCGCAUCGAGGCGUUUCUGGGCAUUGAGCAUCGCGUGCGCAGCGAGCACUUUUAUUUCAAUGAGACGAAGGGCUUCUACUGCCUGCGCUAUGACAACGGCGAUCGCUGCCUGCGCGAGACCAAGGGACGCAAGCAUCCGCAUGUGGAUCCAGUUGUCGUCUCGCGUUUGCGCAAAUUCUUCGCCGAGUACAAUCAACGCUUCUACGAGCUGGUUGGCGAGGAUCUCGGCUGGCCCGAGGAGUAGUAGUUGCAAUGGAGAAUUAUGGACUGAAAGGCUAACCACCCCCUCAACUACGACACCACACAACAACCCUUUCCCAACCUUAUGCUGGGCUGCACUUUGGCGCAUUUAAUUACAGCGCAACAAAACAAUCGAUGCGAAAAACUGCGUGCAGGCUGCGAGGCUGGGUGGCUGGCAGGAUGCAGGCUGGAGGCCGGAGGCCGGAGGGACGCGGCAAGCUGGAAUUACAGUGCACAGCAGGGCACCAUAUUUCUCUCUGGCUGUCUGCCAGCCGGCUGACAGUUCAAUUAUGCGAACUUUGGCGCCCACGAAUAUCCUUUAUACGCCCAAACCUACAAAACGCAGAUUUCCACUGCAGCGAGCAGAAAGGCAAAAAAAAAAGCGUGAAGAGAAAACAAACAAGAAAAUGUGAAAAUAAAUACCAAAUGAAAACAGAAAAAAAAAAGAAAAAGUAAAGGAUAAACAGCGCGUGUUUUUUUGCAGUGUAGCAGCCCAUGAAAAUGCACGGAAAAAUAUCGAGUAUCCGCAAAAGAAUAUAUAAAUUAAAAGCAAUAUCUACAUGACGUACGAAGGUUGCACUUUCUGUGUGCGAGAGAGAGAGAGAGAGAGAAGAGCGUGAAUGUGUGUGUGAGUGAGCGAGAGAGUGCAUACAAUUUAAUUAAGCAACUAAAUGUGAUUUUAUAGCAAAUAAGCGAUAAACAAAUGGAAAUUAAUUGCAAUUGUAAUUUUCGGGGCAAUUAAAUGUAUUUAGACAUGGACAAAAACCGUCGGCUGAAUUAAAAGCGUGCAUAAAAUACAAAUACAUAUACAUACACAAAUAUAAACUAGUAUAUACCAAAGUCGCAUACAUAUCUGAGCUACUCAACCCAAGUAUAUUAAAAAAAUACCAAGACAAAAGAAAAACUUAUCAAGAAAACGUAACAUAUCAAAAGGAAAAGUGAAGGAACGCCCAACCAUGAACUCAAAACAUAUCAGCGAAAGCUUAAAUAUACUACUUAUGUAAGAAACUAUAUACACAUAUACAAUAUAUGUUUAUUAUAUGAUAUACCAAUAAAUGUUAUAUGCAUUAAAAGUAGGCUUAAGUUAUUAUGCAAUUUGUUAUUUAUUAUCAAUAUCAUUUAGCAGAAAUUAUACUUGAGUCUAAUUUAAAAAACAUUCAACUAGUUUGUAGCUUUAAAACGAAUACCAAGUCCUUAGACAAAUUACUAGUUAAAUGCACUGCCUAAAAUAAACUAAAUAUCAAAUAUAUAUAUAUAUAUAUAUUAAUAAAGUGCACCAACCUAAUAAGAUGUAAGUUUUUUAAAGCAUUUUUUAGCAAAAAUUAUUUUUAAAUUUUAGACCAUAAAUAUAAACAAAUGCUAGGUAAAAUUACUGUGCAUAUAUAUCGCGAGAAGUUUAACUAAGAUUUAGCUAUAUUAAUUACAAAUUUCAUGUACUUUCGAAACUAAUUGUGAAGAAAUACCAACAAAAAAAAAAACAAAUACUUAAUGCAUAUCAACUCAAUGUGAGCAAUUUAACUUAAGCGAAACCCGAAAACAACAACAAAUGAAUAGCUAUUCAUAAAUGUGUGUAAUACCUAAUAAUCAUAUAUAAUGACCCAACGUUUGAAAUAACUUUUAGCUUGGUUAGUUCUACGUAUUGCCUUGGUUCGUGUUAAGUACUAGGUUUUAGGGAUCUUCAGCACCGAACUCAAUAAGCGCUUAAUACGUUUAAAUGCUCUAUAGACAUAGAAUUGUUAAAUAAUCCACAAUCCAGGUGAUUCUGUCACCUCAAGUAUCGCAUACUGAACUAAAUGCAAAACAAUUUCCAGUUGAAUUUAAUGCAAAACGAUGACAAAUGAACCACGAAAGCAAUAUCUAGUCAAAAACAAAAGAAAAAAAAAAAAACAAAACACAAGA